UCUAGAGCUGCGAAGCAAAAUUAUGCCCAAUCACAGCGAUGAAACUGGAACUGCAAUUUCGAAUCAUUUUCCUCUCGACAGCGACUUCUGCCUCUCGAUCUUGCCUGAUCCUGAAUUCGACAAAGUUGCAGAGCGAUAUACAACCAACUUGGUCACAGGUGUUUUAAAUGCGGUUCUGUCACCGUUUGGUGUUGUGGCAAACUUCUUCAUUGUUUUAGUUAUCUCUAGGAAAGUUUCACUUCGAACUCCUUUGAACAUGCUACUCGGAUGUCUCGCAGCGUCAGAUUUUCUUGUUAGUUUGGUAGUUCAGCCGAGUUACGUAGCUUUUAGAAUUACAGAAAACACACACAAGUUUGUUCCUUGUUCAGUAAGGCUGCUCUAUUCGACGGGAUUUUUCAUUUGUUAUGGUGUGUCCCUCACGACCUUGUGCGCCAUUAGCUGUGAACGAUACCUGGCAUUGAUUUUUCCUCUCAAGUAUGCGCACCUAAUACACCAUUCUAGAGUCAUGAAGCUGGUGAUUUUCAUCUGGAUGGUAAACGUCAUCUUAACGGUUCUACAAUGGGUUCAUAACGAGAUCGCACGGGGUAUCCAUCUUAUGAGUUGGUUAAUCCUUUUGAUAACUGCUCUUGUGAGCCAGGUGAGAGUCCUCCCGAUAAUUCGCCGUCAUCAGAACCAAAUCAAGCAACUUCAAUUGAGAGAUUCAUCUCGUCAAAGAAGCAGCACCAGUAGCCAAAGUGCAAUGCAAAUCAAGUUUGCAGCGAACAUUGCAUGUAUUAUGGCAGUCUAUCUGGCUUUUAACCUUCCAGUUCUUCUCAUAACAGCCUUGCAUCAAAUAAUCCUCAUCGAAAUAAACACUUACAAUUUGUACAGCUGGGUGGAAACCGCCGCCUUCUUGAAUUCAACUGCUAAUCCAAUUAUUUGCAUUUGGAGGGUGAAGGCGAUUCGGAGAGCAAUCAAAGAGUUGUUUCACGUUGAAGGGAAUGGGAGAAAAGUGUUCGCCAGGUAUUUGUCAUUCUUAGAAAUACCUGAUAACGAUAUUGCUUUAGUUGUGUACAAACGUUAUCAAGAACCCCAUUUGGUCGUUACAAAUUCCUCAGUCAUUUCCACAAAAGAGUUAUCAGGGGAAAAUUAGAGCCUUAAGGGCGGCGCACACGAGGGGACUAAUCCCUGCGACUACUCCCUGCAAGAAAUCGCGGGGACAAGUCCCAUCGUGUGAACUGGCCGUUUUUUUUUCAAAAU